AUGAUCAACUUCGCUGAAAACUUUAUCCAAAAUAUGAGCCAUUUGUGUCUUUUUAUGUUUGUGGUGAAUGAAACUCGUAAGACGAAGUUUCAGACAACUGAGGCUCAUUAUGAGCUAUUUGUGUUCGUGCAUGGAUGAGGCCAGACUACCGACCCUACUGUAAUGGACUACACUAAACUACAGGCUGAGCAGGGACAACAAUUGACCUUUUGCGGUUGAAAGUGUAGGUGUUGUCUUCAAACCCUUUGCUGAAUAUGCCAUUGCACUGGAACACCGGAGAGUGAAGGAUGUUCAAGUUCUAUGUGCUCUUGGUUCCUCUCUCUAGAGCCUAUGGUGCUCUGCUCUAUGCUAACCUCGGAGACAAUGUGACUUUGCCAUGUUCCUAUGACUCCGGUGCCAAAUAUCUGUGUUGGUAUAAGCAGGUUGCAGGGGAGCAACCUGAAAUAAUAUCCUCUUUCUACAAACAUUUACCUGACUCCAACAACUUCCACAACCAGUUUAAAAACAACAAACGAUUUUCAGUUCACACUGGAGAAAGGUUCUACCAUCUGAACAUUUCUAAUGUCCAGCACAUGGAUUCUGCUAUGUACUUCUGUGGACAGACCAGUAUUACUGUCACUGAGUUUCACGAUGGAAUACUUUUGGUGUUCAAAGAGUCCCGUCACUUGUCUUUUCUCCAGCAGCCGAUUUCCGACUCUGUGCAGGCAGGAGGCUCUGUGACUCUGAACUGCACAGUGUACACUGGAACCAGUGACAGAGAACACAGCGUUUACUGGUACAAAAAGGACUCAGGAGACUCCCACUUGGGAAUCAUGUACAUCCACACACACAGCAGCACUCAGUGUGUGAAGAGCUUUGAGUCGGAGUCUCCUGCACAGAGCUGUGUGUACAGUUUAUCGAAAAGGAACGUGAGCCUGUCGGACGCUGGGACGUACUACUGUGCUUUGGCUUCAUGCGGAGAGAUACUGUUUGGGAAAGGAACAAGACUGGAUGUUGGAGGGAAACAGCAUGACACUUUGCCUGUCUUGGUGCAUGGUCUGGUUGCAGUUCUGCUUGUGUCUGUCAUCUUGAACAUCAUCCUAACCUGUAUCCUCUGCAAUAUGGCCAGGAGAAAACACAUUCAUUCUGGAGGGCCGCACCCCCAGCCAAGUGCCCCAGAAUACACUGCUGGCAGUCAGAAUGAGGAAUCUGGUGCUUUGCAGUACGUGGCGCUGGACUUCAAAAAAAGGCAACGCAAGGGCAGGAGACAGAGGAGCACAGAGAGGGAGAUGAUUUACUCUGGACUGAGAGUGUCAGACCUGGACUGAUGUUUACUGUUGAAUCAAACCAAACCUUCCAAAACCUGCACUGCUGCUGCUCUCUCUCUGACUCAUGUCAUUCCAAUUAUUAUUAAUAUCCUUCAUGAGAUCAGCUUUUGUGGUUUUAAUACUUAUGAUCAUCCUAAAUCAUGAAUUUGCUGUACUG